UGCAGAGAAAUGAGUUAGAAGAAAAUUUUCCGCAGUUUCAGAAAUGACCACGGAAUAUGCAUGUUGUUGGAACUACAAUCAAAGGUUCAUUUUACACAAACACUCGUACGUGUUAUUAGUUUCAAAUUGUAAUUGGCUUAAAUCACUGCCAACUAGCAACUACCAAUGGAUUCUGUUCCUGACAUAGAUGACACCAUCAACUUGGAUGACUCAGAAUGGCUACCACCAACAACCAAGAAAGGAGCUAUGGUGGUUCCAGAUGAUGAUUAUGUGGAAAUAGUUGGAGAGUAUGUGCCACCCAGACCUCAACGACGCAGCGCACGCACAGCUCAUGCUCAAGUCCUAGAUGUGCCUCUCAUUGGUGAAUGUAAACAACUUGAUGGACCUGAUGAAGCAUCAACACCCAACAGAAUAUUUCCUAAAGACGAGCUUGGGACAACGUGUGCAAGUACUCGUAAUUCAAAAAAAUUGAAGAAAAAAUUUCUCCAAAAGCAAAGUAUUUCUAAAGGCUCAAGAAGUAUUAUUGCUUCUGGAAAUAAGAAGAAUAUAAUGAAGACCUUUAUGAACAAGUCAUCAGCUAAAUUCAGAGGACCUCCGUUGGGCCAUGAAAAUUCAGAAAAUAAUAAGAAGCUGUUAACUGGCAAACGUUUAGCAAUUACAAAUGCAUCUGCAAAUAUGGAGUCUUCAGAAAUCAACAGCACUUUUGGUGUCAUGCAGCAUGUGUUGAAGCGUUCAACUGGCAAACGUCUAGCAAUUACUAAUUCCUUAAAAAAUAUGGAGUCUUCAGAAGUCAAUAAAACUUCAGGGUCUUCUCGUCAACCCACUGAAUCUGAAGACUUUUUACCCUUGAGUUCUGGUGCCCCAUUAAAACUAAGACGACCAAGACAUGUUGCUUCCAAUGAACUCAUGGAGUUCAUUCCUGUAGCUCCAGUGAAACUGAAACGCUCAAAACUUGUAAAACAUGAAGAUUCAGUGUGCCUUGAUUCUCAGGUUCCGGUUAAACGUAAACUUAAAUCAACAGACAAAACUACUGUCACAAAGAAACUAAAGUUGCCUGAUGAGGCCUUUGAACAUUCUGAUGAUCUAAAAACUGGGCACUAUCUAAAAGAAUUCGAUAAUAAUGAUGGUUCAUCUUCAUCAAGGCUGUUGAAGAUUGCCAAUAAGCUACCAAUCAUUGAUGCACUUAAGCAUGAGCAUGAAUGUGAUGGUGAUGACUCACCAGAAAUGCAUCUUUGCAAAAUGGAGCCAGCUACGGAGAACAAGCCAACUAACGUAAGAACUGAGUUAAAAACGUACAAAACUGAACCAGUGGGUGAGACUGGGGAUUACGGCAGUAAAAGUGAAGCUUGCAGUCAAAAAAAUGAACUUGUCAUUUCAGAAUCUGCAGGUGGAAGCAGGCCUCACACUCAGAGAAGUUGUCUAUACAAUCGAGGAAGAGGGCCUUACUAUCAAGGGCAUAGGCCUUACAAUGAAGGAAGUAUGUCUUACCAUCAAGAAAGUGGGCCUCACAAUCAAAACAGCGGGCCUUACAGUCAAGGAAGUGGGCCUUACAAUCAAGACAGCGGGCCUUACAAUCAAGACAGCUGGCCUUACAAUCAAGAAAGUAGGCCUCACAAUCUAGCAAGUGGACUUUACAAUCGAGGAAGUGGGCCCUUCAAUAAAGGAAGUGGUUCUUACAUUCGAGGAAGUGGUUCUUACAAUCGAGGAAGUGGACCUUUCAAUCAAGGAAGUGGGCCUUUCAAUCAAGGAAGUGGGCCUUUCAAUCAUGGAAAUUGGCCUCACAAUAAUGGUAGAUGUCAUUUUAAUGAAAGCGUUUCAUUCUAUAAUGAAAGCCACCCGCCGAGUCGUGGUAUUGGUGUAUCUACUCGCGCAAAGGCCCCAAUUGCUAGCAAAUACAAGGAGGCUUUACCGGAACUGGAGACGUCUAAUGCUGAGUUUUCCAUUAUGUCUCUUGACAUGUCAACUUCUUCGGAGUUUUCGCCUGCUAAGGCGAAGUCUUUUUCAUCUUGUGCUAUUCAGAAGUCAGAUAUUCCUGGCGCAGAGUCAAGUAAACAAAGUUCUUCCUGUGAAAAGCAGAGCGUCAAGAAAACAAAAUCUCCAACGAACAUUUCUUGUGAUUGGGAUCCUGCUCAGGUGAUAUCAACCCGAAAAGGAAUCGAUGUUAACCACGCUCGAGAGAUCAUCAGGUUAGUCGACCAAGAGUGUACGUUGCCAUUCAUAGCACGAUACAGGCGAGAGAAAACUGGCGACUUGGAGAUCGGAAAACUUCGCGAGGUUUUGAGCUCCUAUGAGCAGCUGAAAGAAGUAAAGCUGAAGGUGUCGAAAAUUGUUUCUGACCAGAAGAAACCGCUGGAGCCAGAGAUAAAGGAAUCUCUCCUGAAAGCUACAUCUCUUCAGGAAGUAAAGAUACUGAGUGCAAGUCUGCGAACCACAGGCAAGGGAACUUUUGCUGAUCGAGCUCGUAAGGCAGGGUUGGCCCCUACUGCAGAAGAGCUUCUUCGUAACCGAGACGCCGUAGCCGUUAGAGAUGAACUCCAGAAGUUGGUGGUUCCUGGGAUGCAAGGACGCAGCACCAUCGACGAUGUUGAGUCCGGCAUCAAGUACAUCAUUGCUGAUAUCAUCAGUAAAAAUGCAAAGAUGUUGGAAGAGAUGAAAACUUGGCUGAAAAGAAGCAGUGUGAAGCUAGUCUCUAGUCGUGCUCGCAAAGUCCUAUCCAAAUUGAAGAAGUCACCCCUGAAGCCUAAGAAGGUUGUUGCCAAGCGCAAAAGUUUGGGUGGCACUGCAGCCACGAAGAAAGGCGACUCUGCCCUGUCGCCUGACGUGAUCCGAAAAUACGAGCAGUACUUCGAAUUUAGCAUGGUGGCCUGGCGGGUGGCUCCUCAUGCUAUCUGCGCCAUAAACAGAGGCGAGCAGCAAGGCGUGUUGAACGUGAAAGUGGUGCUCCCAGACGAAGCCUACCACCGGUUUUGUUCGCACGUUCAACGAAAUUUUCUUGGAUCCACAAACCGUAACCUUGGACAUGGGUACGGAGAGUCCUACGGGGUGCGCGUGUUACUGGACACCCAGCAGGAUUGUUGGGAUAGACUGGUGUCGCCAAGCCUGAAAUUGUGGGUGCGAAGUGAGCUAAGUGACACUGCAGAGCUUGCGUCUAUUGAAGUCUUCGUGACGAACGUACGUCACCUUCUUCUAACUCCACCCGUCAGAGCAAAUACUGUCCUUGCCAUCGACCCUGGCUUUGCCAAAGGAUGCAAAGUUGCUGUCGUUGAACGCAAAGGACGAGUGUUGGCUGUUGACACAAUAUUUCCCUUCGCGGCGCCUCGAAGCGAAGCCGCGGCACAAACUCUCGUCAGACUCGCCUCCGAGUAUCACUGCGAAGUCAUUGCCAUCGGCAACGGUACAGCAUGCCGAGAAACUGAGGCGUGGCUGAGCAAGCUUAUCAGCGAAGAAGCUUUUGGUGCAUUGAAUGUUCAGUACACAAUUAUUAAUGAGUCUGGUGCUUCACAGUAUUCGAUUACGAACGAGGCAAGCGCUGAGUUCCCUGGCAUGGACAUUAACCACAUCAGUGCCGUGUCUCUGGCUCGUCGAUUGCAGGACCCCCUCCUGGAGUACGUUAAAGUUCCGCCCGUACAUCUUGGCGUGGGUAUGUACCAGCGCGACGUGAAUAAAAAACUCCUGGAUACUGCGCUAGAUUCUGUCGUAAUGGAGUGCGUUUCUUUUGUGGGUGUUGACAUCAACGUUGCCUCGGAACUUAUCCUCCGCAAAGUCUCUGGGUUGAACAAAGCGCGUGCUUCAGCGAUUGUUAAGUACAGGGAAGAUGUGGGGCCUUUCCGCAAUCGAGAGGAGAUAAAAAAAGUAAAAGGAAUUGGCCCAGUCAGUUUCCAGCAAUGUGCAGGGUUCGUUAAAAUAGUCCCUCAAACCUUGAGGCAGCGCGCUAAAAGCAAUCUUGCACCUCUUUGCCCAUUGGACUCCACGACAGUGCAUCCCGAGUCGUAUGAAUCUGCAAAAUCGCUUAUUUCUUUGGCGUCACUUGAUAUUAACAAUAUUGGCGACCAUGAAUUCAUUCAUGCACUCAAAAAUUUCAUGACACGACAUAGUUUACUUGAAAUAAGAGAAAAAUGUAACUGUUCCGAAUCUUCACUUAAAACCGUCUUGGAGAGUUUAUACCAGCCUUUGGACUUCGACUUCAGGGCUCAAUUUCAUAAGCCUAUUUUCCGGAAAGGAGUCACUAAUAUGGCUGAUCUAAAAACAGGUCAACGCUUAACUGGAAGUGUGAGGAACGUGACAACCUUCGGCGUGUUUGUUGAUAUCGGUGUUGGCCAAGAUGGCUUGAUUCACACUCAUAAUCUGAACGGCACCCGCUUGCAUGUUGGAAACGUCGUCCAAGUAUCGGUCAUCAAUGUAAACAUCAGCCGCGGACAUAUCGGCCUAAAGUUGAUCACAAUAGUUAGCUAAAUUUUCGAUACACUGAUGCACUUCUGUUCUGCAUUAUGCUUGUGUUCUGCAUUACCGUAUGCUUGUGUUCUGCAUUAUCGUAUGCUUGUGUUCUGCAUUAUCGUAUGCUUGUGUUCUGCAUUACCGUAUGCUUGUGUUCUGCAUUAUGCUUGUUAUUGUUAUGAUAAAUCAUUGGGUAAUCGGUUGGAAUUCCCGUUUAUUGUUUAAUUUCUCUUAGGUUGCAUUCUAACGUAAAAUAUUACGAUUUAUCCACUUGCAAAGAAGCUUUUCGAGGUGAUAAUAGCAAUUAAUAAAAUCCUUGUUUUAGCUCAGUAUUAUAGAGCCUUGAUUUGCUCAGUUCAAAGAAUGAUAAAGCAGCAUUAGCAGCUUCAUUUACGUAGAUAAGAUGAAAUCAGAUCUUGCAUACCAGCGAGUUAUCCUUAUCAGCUAGGAUUUCAUAUUUUUGUACGUAAGAUUUAUUAAAUUCUUGAAGUUGGUGCUAA